UCGUGCUCACCUACUGAUCAGCCCCCAGUGCAGCCCAGCAAGUCAGAAAUUACAAAGGAAAGAAAAAGUUCUAAAGGAAGAAAAAAGAAAAAGUUGAUUGCUGCUUCAUACACUGUGGACAAGCAUGCAGUGAAUGGUGUCACUUCACCAGUAGAAAAGAGUUGCACUUUGGAUCACAGUGAAGAGGAUGUGAGUGCGGAAUCUGUUCAAAAGAAAAUUAAUCAGGAUGGUUUGGACAGUUUGAAACAAGUUGCCAAGGUAAAUGCUUUGGAGGAGUGCGUGAAAGUAACUGAAGAACAGCGAGAGGCCAUUGGUCAACUUCAACUGCAGCUCAAUGAUUGUGAUUUCUUUAGGAGGCAACUAGAGACCUCGCUAAGCGACUUG